AAAGACCAAGACACCGAGAAAAGAAAGACAGAAACCUGGACAGUCUGGACUGUUCAUUCUCACAACGCUAUCGAAGAAUUUAAGCAAACAAAUCCUCUCGCACGUGGUUUCGUGGCUUUUGAUCUUCCUCCUGAUGACGUUGGUAGCUGUGCUAGAGCUGUGAUCUAUCUGAUGUGAUUAAUAUUCGUACUCUUACUCUGAACUCUGAAGCUUUUAGACGUGUACAUAUAUACGUGCUCGAUCAGAGCUUGUGACGCCCUAAAAGGAGAAAAGAAAAGUCCAAGUGCAAAAUCUGAUCAAGGAAGGAGAACAAGAAGCUUCGCUAUGCCACCCUCUUACUUCAGCCUCUCUCUCUUUGCACACUUUUAGAAGCUUUUUCCUCGACCAAAUUUUACUUUUUUGGGGAUAUGAGGAAGAGGGAGAGAGAGAACCCUUGUGGGGUUUGUGGCCACUAUCAUAAAUAUGAAGAAGGAGAGGUCUGUGGGAUUUGUGGCCACCGGAUUCCGGCUACAUCGGAGAAAACUUCGAUUCAAGUCAGCGCUUUUCCAUCGGAGAUCUUGCCCGAGUUUCUUUAUUUAGGUAGCUAUGAUAACGCCUCGCGCUCGGAGCUUCUCAAGACUCAGGGAAUCUCUCGUGUUCUUAAUACGGUGCCUGCUUGCCAAAACCUCUACAAGAAUUCAUUCACCUAUCACUGCCUUCAAGAUGACAAAACUUUGCCUUUUGAUGAUGCAAUUCAAUUUUUAGAGCAAUGUGAAAGGGACAAAGCUCGUGUUCUGGUGCACUGCAUGUCCGGCAAAAAUAGGUCACCAGCUAUUGUGAUGGCUUACUUGAUGAAGUCCAAAGGAUGGAGACUUGCCCAAGGUUACCAGUGGGUGAAAGAGCGGAGACCAUCUGUCGAAUUAUCUGAAGCUAUCUACCGGCAACUGCAGGAGUAUGAGCAGAAGAUCUUUGGACCAAUUGCUAUUGGCAACCCCAUCCUACCAGUCUUUGUACCUGCAGGUGUGCCAUCAUUUAGCUUUGGCUUCCCAAAGAUUAAUGAUCCGGUUUCCAUUCCUGCUUUCAGCAAUGUUGGUACCACCUCUAUUUUUGCCCGUCCUCCUUUAGACGUUCCUCCGCACGAGUUUACUUUUGGAGCCAGCCAGAUUCAGAUUCAGAGGAAUAAUGAUAAUACUCUGAACCCAAAUGGCAGUGAUAUUCCAAUGGAUGGUUCUUGAUUUUCCUUUCCUUUUAUCUUUUGCGAGAUCAGCCCUUGGUCAGAAGUUAAAUGAGUCCUUGACUUGUGAGUUUAUUUUUAUCACAAUUUGGAUGUAAAUUGAGAGUAAGAUACUCCAGCGUUUUGGUUUGUAAGAUUUGAAAUGUUCGCAAGUUGUGGGUGCCUUGUCUUCUCCAUCCUGAUGUUCAAAAGUAUAAUGAUCUUUUUGACUCAUUCCUGACAUCAUACAAGUGAUUCAGUAGUGUAUGUAUCUACUUCGAUAUACUUUGCA